CAAGCAAAGCAACAGGUGUUUUUCUUGAGUAAAGACGAUGUACGUUAGUGACAGUUGUGUUCAAAUCUUAAAAUUUUUGUCGGUUAUGUUUUAAGUUUGGUGUUAUCAAAGAAAACCUUCUUAGUUUUUAUAUCUUCGAGUGUUAAACAUCGAGUGAACUGAUACCGUUGGAUUGUUUGAGAGGGUCUUCCUAACUGGACAGUGGACUUCAAACAUUUAAUUGAGACGAUGCGGAGGUCAGCGGAGUCAGCCAGGGUACCGUUACAAGACCCAGCACCGGCCGCCGCUGACCGCUAGCCGCUAGACCCGCAACACACAGCACGCAACAGCCCAUGAUGAUGACAGGAGGAUUGACAGUGACGGAAGACACUCCCCCGGACAUGCUGGCUGGCUCUAUGGACUUGGCUGUGGUCCUACCAGAUGGUCAUUCCCUCAAGAUGAGCGUGGAGAGAAGCACUCCAAUGAUGGAUCUGCUGGUUCAAGUGACGACUGCCAACAAAAUUUCUUCUCCGGCAGGAUUUAUACUGAAGCCCCUCAAUGAACGAGGGCCCCUACCCUACAAGCCUUCUACUCCCAUUGGAGCCUUGGAUGCGUGGACGAUUCAUGUUGUACCCAAACAGCUUGGUCAAUGUCCAGCGAUCAAAAAACCUCUGAAGACGAUGAAUCAGCCGUUUGAGCAGACCUUUCGUCUCCAGGUUCAUCUUCCACGUAACCAACUCUACGUGGCGAGGGUUAGUCCGAAAACCAGAUUAUCAGACAUUCUCCAGCAAGUGUGUUCUGAAAAGAAUCUAGACCCACUGAAAUAUUCACUGAGACAUCCUGUCAAUUUGGACCAAGUUCUCAGUCUGCAGUACACUCUAGGUGACUAUAAACUGCAAGAGGUGACUCUAGUCUGUAACAAGACUCGGCCAGUAGAAGUGUCCUCAGUUGACAUCAUGUCUUUGCAGAGGGAAACAACAAAUCCUGCUUACAGGAACACCAAGUGUGAAGGCAGCGUCAGCAGUGGCAGUCUAGAGGGAAGGAGCUUGUCUCCUGUUCCGUCAGAUGAGUCGUCUGCCUCCCCUCCUCUCAAUCUUCCACCUAGUCGACCAAUCAGAAAAAGGAGGCCUGCGCCCAAGCCACCUACUAUACUUCAGAAGUCAACAAUCAUUGAGAAGCAAGUGAACGGCCUCCAGCCGUCAACAGUCAUCAACCACUCUCGUAACAGCUCCGACUCCAGUGGAUAUCAUGAGGCCUCGGUGCUGAGUGAGAGUCCUCAGAAUAAUAAUGUUCCCGAGAGCCGUACGGAGGCUGGAGCUCCUCUGACUGUGGUCCUGUCGCAGUCCAUGACCGAUGUUUCAGCCAUCCCGUCGCGGCCGCUGCAGAACAGCACCUCAUGUAACUCCAUCUCCUCUCUAACGUCUACCACCGGCUCUGCCACUGGUCGUAAGAAGAAAAGCGCUCCUCCACCACCGCCUGUUGCCAAGGAUGCAGCUACCUCGAUCAGAUCACCUUCUGUAUCCUCAACUGCCUCCUCGACCACCACCCUCGAUGGUAACGACCUCAACACGACAGCCAAGUCAGCGACUCUACCUCCCUCGACACGACUCAACACGACCCUCAUCCCUCCUCCUCCUUCAGUAACACCUCCCCCCACUCCCACUACCCCUCCAGUAGCUGUCGAGCCCUCCGUCAGUCCUAGAGUUGCCCCUCCCGUGCCCCGGCCCAGAUCCAAAUUAUUGAGCGAUUCAGACGAACCACAACUCGUCAAAAAACUGAUCAGUCCUAAAAAAGUGCCAGCUCCCCAGCCAAAACCUAGGAAACAGCCUCCAGCUGAUGAUAUUGAGGUCUGCAGUGGAAGCGAAGGAAUUGCCAAAGACGAAGAUUGUAGUGAGAAUAAGAAACACGUUUUCAUGAAUAAAGUUUUACCCAGUUCGAUUUUGAGCUCACAUAAGGCUUGUGUGGAAGAAAUGGUUUUCAAAUUUGACAACACGAAUAAACCUGUCACUGAUCAGACUGAACAAGAAAAAGAUAUUUUGGAGCCAAAAGUCGUAGAGUCAGUUUCAAUGAGUGAUUUGGAAAACCGUGAGGCUCCGGAAGGAGGCGACGAGGGCCAGACGGAAGCUUGGAGUACAACUCCGGUGGUGGGACUUAAUUCAGAAACUGAUGCAGAGAUGAGGUUAGCAGAUGAGGAAAUAGAUAGGAUAUUUUCAAACGCAACAGAAAACCAUACUAGUCCGGAGAUCGAAGAAGAUGACGAUGCCAAACUGAUGAUGUCACUUCCUUCCCCUGUGAUGCCGGAGGAGGUACAACCAACGUCUGGGGAGGAUCAGUUGAACUGGGAGUACAGACUACCAGCCCCACCUACAUUCAGGGAUGAGAACAAGUCACCCUCCGUCACGGAGUUCGGAACUGUAACAAUCGGAAACCUCAGCGAAGUAGUGUGUUCUCAGACUGUCAAAGAGGACCAGCCCAGUGGUAGAGAGAUACAAAACGUCGACACCGUAGUUGAAAAGUCAAAGAUUAACGAAGAAAAAUUUAUCAACUCUGUGGAAGCCGCACCAACAAUAAAUAGUGCAGAUUUAGAAGAGAUGAGGCCACUGAGGAAAGAAGUAAGAAGCAGCUCUGCAUCUUCCAUUUACGACACUGAAGCUUCAAAAAGUUCUAGAAGCUCGAUACAUUCUGUGGAACAAGAAGUUAUAAAUGAACUGUCAUCCACGUUGCACCAAAGAUCGAAAAUGAAUCCGAAUGAAAACGUGGAAAAACACAAAUCAGAUUUGAUAAACAAUAGCACUUUGGAUAAUUUCACAAUCACUACUUACAAAGAUACCAAACCGAUCGAGGUGUUUGAGGACGACUCGAUAAAAAGUUCCACCGGAGAGAAAAGAGACAAGUCGAAAGACGAUGCGGUGUUCAGAGCUCCCAAGCCACGGUUUAAAGAACCGAACUUAUCGAGAACGAAUUCGUUCAGUGUUGAGAACAAUCAGAACGGUCCGGUGAUUAAGAGAUCUGUGUCAUACGUGUCACUACUGGCCGCCAAUAUGCCUCGUAACUCACAGCCGUACAGAGCGCAUCUACAGAGACAUCGGUCUAGCGUGGGGCAGGAGCUCGACUUCUACCCGAGGUUACGUAAAACCUCCAGUGAAGUUAACAUUGAUAGACAAGACAAUGGAAAAGAAAACACGCUUUGGCAGGAUGAUUCAACUCAACUUCAGUCAGUUCAGGUUCUACGCAACAUACUGAGUAGGUCCCAUGCAAACUUGUCAUCCAGCAUUGAGGAAACAGACAGUAUUCCAGAUCACCACACUAGAGAUUCUCCACCACCUAGUGAAAAUUUUAUGGAAGAAAGUUCAAAAAGCUCAUUGGGAAGAUCACAAUCUGAAGAAGACAGCAAGACAAAGAAAACACCCAAACCGGUAUUUGACCAUGCCUCAUCACUCGGUGAUGAGCCUGCGAAGACCUUCAGGGGACCACCGUCCAUCAAUCUGUCAACUUGGAGUGAAAGACCAAAACGCCAAAUCUCAAUCAAAAACGAUGGGGAGUAUAUUUCUGGCUUUGGUAAAAAGCCAAAUGUACAAGACGUUCUGACUAGUCCGGAAAAGAAGGAAGAACUUCACUCAUCUGUGAAAGCUGUUGUUACUAAUCCUAGUCUCCCGAGAAAUGACUUUGCUUCUUCAAUAAAAAAUGAAAGCUACAAAUUGGAGGAAAAAUCAAAAAGUAUCAGUGAUUUGUCUAGAAUACCCAUCGUCAGGUCUGUGGAAUUAAAGAAACCCUAUGUCAACAACAACUAUGACCAAACAAGACUGAAACACGUGGAACAGCGGGAUGAAGUGAAGAAUUAUCCACACACAGAAGAUGUUUCCAAAGCAAGCGGAGAGGAAGAAUUCAUCGGUGUAAACACCUUGGCGAGAAGAUUUGGUGUUCCGCAGAAAAGGCCGGUCUCAGAAUACUACGGCACUCAGAAAUUCAAGGAUUUACAAAGCACCGUUGAUGCCUCCGCUAGACACAAUCUUAUCAAUAAUGGUCCAGCUGUAGUAAGUGUCUCCACUAAAGUCAACAACACUCCUUACCAAACUAGUGAACCACAUUUAAACAACAUUGUUGGAAACAACAAAACCGACUCUACGACAGAAGUUAAAGCUCAAUCUAAAAUACGUUCAGGUGGUGCAGUUGAUCAUCCCCCUUUUUCGAUAACUCUGAAAAGGACAGUGUCUCAACCUUCUCAUAUCAACUCAGUUCUCCACAGUGAGCCUACUCAAACUAGCUAUUUCAACACAAUUGGUGCUAAACAAUCAAAUAUUUCUAGUGUGUCAAUAUCUUCUAGCGUAGAUCAGAAAAUACCAUCAUCAAGCAUUUACAUCAAACAAAGUCAAACUCUUGAUAGAAAGUUUCCCGUUAAUAUUCAACCGGUUGUCAAAGGCUUCAGGGUUCCAACGGAAAUGAAUUCAAAUUCUUCACUAACUGUCAAUUCCUCUUCAGCCCAGAAUGAUUCUAGCAAUGCAUUGAAUAACUCAGUAAAUUCUUUCACUGUUCAUAAGUCUUCAGCUGUUAAUUCUUCUUCAGCACCUAAAGUUGUUAGUAAUAAUGUAUCCGAUAGUUCAGUGAAUUCUUUUACUAUUCACAAAUCUUCAACUACUAACGCUUCCUCAGUAACGAAAGAUGCCAGCAAAAAUCUAUCGAAUAGCUCUGUUAAUUCUUUUUCUUUUCAAAAGUCUCCAGCUGUUAAUUCAUUCUCAGCACCAAGAGUGACUAACAAUAAUCUACCAAGCAGCUCAGUAAAUUCUUUCUCUGCUAAGUCAUCAUACAGCAGGACCUUCAGCACUCCCAGCAUAUCAGUGACGGCAGCUGUUAAAGAUAGACUGCGAGAUGAUGUUGACAACGUUCGCUUGAGGUCUUCCAGCACCUCCAUAUCGCAAGCCAAGGCGGAGGUUGCAGGUUCGAUUCCCCCACCUCCCCCAAUGAUGCCGAUGCUGAAACCUGUCGGGGAACGGAAAGGUGUCAAGUUUCUUCCCCCUCCAACUGCCGACCCCAGGGAUCUGUUGAUGGAAUCAAUCAGAUCGUUUGGAAAAGACAGUCUAAAAAAAGUGUAGUCUAAACCAAAUCUAGUAGUUAAGAUUGAAAGACUCAAUGUGAGGUAACAUCACACUUUUAAAAUGGACAAUUUAAAAAUUAAUUUGAGUCAUCAUCACGAUUUUCAAUAGCUCAAUUAGAAAGUAAUCCCUAGUACAAUUAAUGUAGGAUUAAGUUUAAAAAACCAAACAUUACUUCUUUUACAAGAAUUUUAUUUAUUUUUAACAAUAAUUUUACAUAAAAGGUUUUUUGUUUAAAAAAGUUUAUUGCAUAUAUUUUUUGUUUUGUUUAUUACAAUGUUUUUAUUUUUUGUAAAUGAAGUAACCUUAAUGUUACACUUAAUUUACAAGUCAUUACAAAAUUUGUGUUUUGUUUUUCAUAUUUUUAAAAGUUACACAAACUUCUCAUAGUUAAAAUGUUUUAAAAAUUAAGCCUACAUUUUUAUUUUUAGCUUCUGCUUGCUUUAAAUUUGUUAUGUAUUUUUUAUGUAUAUUUGCAACUAGUGUAAAUUACAUGUACAGCCAAGUGACGUCAAAGGCUUUCAAGUAAAUGAUGUCAUUGUUCUAUAAAAAUUUCUUCCUUGGCUACUCCUUUACAUUUAUUUUUAUCAAACAAUAGAAAAAUAGUAAAUCAAUUAAGAAUUUUAUGCUUUAAAUAUUUUACUGUCUGUAAAUAUGAAUAAUUUUUAUUUUUGAUUGUUUAAUUUAAAUUACACAAGUAAGAUGUAUUAAGAAUGUUUUACUAAUGCAUUUUGUCACUCGUUCACCUAGUAAAAUACUACUUGUUUCCUCAAACUAUUUACAAUGCUAUUAAUUUAUUUAUAGUUUUACAAAAAGCAUAACCAAUUUUAUAACUUGGUGUUUUGUGGAUGUUUUUUCUAGUCCUUUAAAAAUAAACUGUUAAAAUUUUGUUUGGAAUUGAAUUUUGAUUAGAGGUUUUAUAACAGGCUGGUAUUUAAUGAUGUUUUUUCAGAGACCAAAGAUAAUAAUGGAUAUAAUGAUAUGAAAUAGUACGCUUUAUGCUACAGAGCUAGUUUUUUUAAUAGAUUUAGCAAUUUUCUAUCCAUCCACUGUGUUUAUUUGUGGGUUGAAUGAAGAUGUAAUUAUAAUCAUUUUUGUAUUCCUUAAAAUGUAUGUCAGAAUCUUAGAAACCUUGAUUCUCAUCCGAACCUGGUUUGGUUACAUACAGAACGUUAAAUAUAUUUGAAUUAUAAUCAGAAUAUUGUGAUAAAGCCUUAGUUUUAACAAUUUUACUUUUACUCUAUUCUAUUGUUUAGUUUUUUUUAAUUUAUCUCUGUCAAAGAAAUAAAACUUACGCCUAUUAUUUUGAUUUUUAAAAACUCUUUUCCCUUCAUUUGUAUAUUAGUGUAUGUCUAAUCUUCAAGUUUCAAAUAUGAUGGGAAAUGGUAUUAACAGCUUGGUUAUUUCAUAGUGUUGAUUAAUUAUAAAUCACAUUUUUAUUUCCUUAAACCAAAAACUAUUUGUAAGUAGGGCAUAUUUAACUUUUACUUGCAUCACGUAAUCACAUUAUUGUUAAUGUCUCUGUUGACGCCUUGUCUCUUUUAUUAACUGUUUAAUGGAACUUGUAUAUGAAUUGUUAUUAACUAUUUAUUUGUUGACUGAUGCGGGAAACCUGAAGGAAUAUAUUCUCUAAGAAAUUUAUGAUAUAAAUAUGUAUAUUAUGUGUUGUAUAAACUAUUAAAGUAUAUUUAUUUAA